UUAGUUUGGAUAAGUAUAUAAAGGAUCCUGUUGUGUUAGUAAACAAAUUUUUGUGUUGGGAGUGUCCAUUGUAAAGACAUGAGAGCUCAUGCAACAACAAUAACACUAUUUUUUCUAAUCUUUGAUGAAAGUACUGUAUUAUCAGUUCACUCUCAAAUACCUUCCGGUGGUCAGUUCUUAGUUUUUGGGAAUGAUGGAGGUUAUAGAUAUGGGUAUUAUACUAGCGAAGGUUUACGUUCUGAACCCUCUAAGCAAGUUAGAGGGCACCAUGUUUACAAAAAUAAUUUAAACACAGAAAAUCAGGACGAUAUUCAUUUAUAUCCUUACUCGAAACAUCCAUUCCUGCCACUUCUUUAUGAGACUACAAUAGAAAAUCGUACAGCAGGAGGUACUUCCUACACUACUACAGUUUCUAGUAAAAAACAAAACGAAUUAAGUUCUAAAAGUGACGUCCAAAAAAUCGACGAGAAAAUUGAUGAUGUGAAAACAACUAGCAGAACAAGUGUGAAUGUAAAUUCAAAAGAUCUAAUCAAGUCGAAGAACUCGGCAGGAGCAUCGUACAUUUCAGAACCCUCAAAUUCUGGGAAUAAUGCAGUUAAUGUAUUGAAUCCUGAUGGUUCUUUCUUUUUCGCAUACACAUCGGGUGCAUCUUCACGUGCUGAAUCGGCAGACGUUGAAAACAAUGUCCAAGGAAAAUAUUCUUACACAGAUGAUUCAGGGACGCAUGACCUUACUUAUGUAGCUAGAAAAGACAGUGGAUUCCUCGUGACUGGUGGGAGUUUAGCAAUUCCAAAUGGUUUAAGAAGCAUCCACUCAUCGGCCCCGGAAUCACCUACACUUUAUUCAGUACCGUUCGAAUCUCCACCGCACAAUGAUAGCUCCUACAGUUUUGAAUAUGCAACUCCUCUUCAGUCUCGGCAAGAAAUCGGUGACAAUAAAGGCAACGUUUAUGGUCGAUAUUCAUUUGUAAAUGAAGAAGGUAGUCAUGACCUACGUUACGUGGCUGGAAGUUCUACUGGAUUUUUGCCCGUUGGUGGUUCAUUAGUGAAAACUGCAGGAUUUCGACAAAGUGAAGAGGAACAUGCAGACAAAAAUUCCUAUGAAGAUGCUGUUACAUCUAAUUCUCAAUUUUCGUUAGCUAAUUCUAAUUAUAAAUCUGAUAAUUUUGUGGAUAUUAAAAAGCAAAAUUUAUUCAGUGGAAAAAAAUAUGGAGCUGCUGCUAUAAGUAACGACGAAUCUAUAAAUCGUGAAUCUGGAAACAGUAAUGACAAUGCUCAGAAGAUAUUUUUGAGCAAGUACCCAUUAGGUAGUGAGCAUGUUAACAUCGAUACUAAAUCUACUACAGAAGAAUCUUCAGUAUUCAAUAAAAAUCAGGUUGUCUCAAAAAAUUCUCCAUCUAUAAGGGGCCCAAACAUGGAGGCGACAGUUAAAAAUUAUGAUUUUCCUAUAGUAAGUCACAUAAUUGUACCUUCAGUCGUUGUUCAUUCAUAUAAUAAUGAUAAUAGGCAGUUUGGAUAUAUUUACAGCACGUUGCAGAUCUAAGACAACUGUUAACACUAAUAGGCUUAAGACCUAGCGACAGAUUUACCUUAUAUAUUUCUGUACUCGUGAAAAUCAGUAGAUAAAAUCUUGUAUACUUAUACAGAAGAAGGAUUGUCCAUUCUGACAAAUGAUAUCGGCCGGAAUAACCAACCCCAAAUUUACAAAAAAAAAUUUAAAUUUGCUUUAUUAAAACACAAAUAUAUUAAAGAAAUACAAUUCUUUUAUUAUUCAGUUAACGAUUUGGGGGGGUAGCAAUGUUCUGACAGUAUUUUUUCUUUAAACAGCCUCAUCUUCAAAUGCCAGAUAUGUUGUUUUACCCGUUUGAAACAUAUAAAGUAAAUCGGUCACUAGCCGUUAGACUAUAAUGUCAAGUUUUUAUUUUGUUAGGAAAUAGGACAUAGUGAUAUAUCAGUGCAAAGUAUCAGAAUAAUAAUUUACGAAUAUGUAAAUCAAGACAAAUGCAGUGUUUUGUGUAAUACGUUAUCUGCACGUAAAUUUUCGGCACUUUAUCAUGAAAUGUUUGAGUAUUAGGAACCUAGAAAACAAAAUGAAUGUUACUACUAUUAUAGUUAUUUAAAAUAAUGUUAGAUCUAGGAAAAAUUUGCGUAGAAUAUAGCAUUUUGAAAAUUCCUAAUAGGUUUUUAGAUGUAGCUUGUAGCCUCAUAGAACGUACCUUUAUAAAAUUCCUACUA